UUCCAUUUUCUGCGUGCACAGUGACUUGUGGCCGUGAUACGAGUGCGAACUGCAGGGCUGAAGGUUUUUCUUUGGCGAUUGGUAAAUCACAUUCUGACAAACCAUGCUCGCCAACGCUAUUUCUCGACUGCCCUUGAAUGUCCUUCGCGUGACUGAAUCUCCAGUUGCUCAAUGCUUGGUGAGAAACACAUUAAGGACAGCACAUUCUCUCGCCCUUGUGAGUACCUCUUGUGCCGGCGUGCCGGCGCUAAAUCGCCUCUUUCGGGAACCACGGGACGUCGCCGGUCACAUUUGGGAAAGCCGACGUUACGCGGGGCACAGCCACUGGCAAAACAUCCGUCACAUCAAGGCGGCCAAAGACGCACAUAAGAUGUCCAUGACGGACAAAUACAUGCGCCUCAUCGAAGUCGCUGUGAAAGCCGGCGGUGGGAGCACAGAUCCGAAGCUAAACCGCGCGCUGGCGAAUGCGAUCGAGAAUGCGAAGAAAACACAGGUCGUAUCCAACGCGAGCAUCGAGCAAGCGAUACGGCGGGGAGCAGGCAUUGACAAACCGAAAAACUUGAAGAGCGCAAACUAUGAAAUCGUUAUGGAGCAUGGUGUGCUGCUUGUUCUAGACGUCGAGACGGGAAAUAUAAGCAAAUUCGGGAACGAAUUGAAGCAGAUCCUCAAGAAGCACACGUGCAGACAAGCGCGAGGUGUCAAGGAACAGUUCCAGCAAAAGGGCUUCGUGCGGGUCUCGGGUCGGGAGGACGGCGGCACCGUGGACCCCGAUGCUGCUCUUGAGGUGGGCAUCGAGCACGGCGCCGAAGACGUGGUCGAGAUCGACGGCGAGUCCAAGAUGUGCGAGUUCCUAUGCCACCCUAACGACUAUUUCGCCCUUUCUAAAGCUCUGUCCUCCAACGGCUACGUGAUAGCCGAGUGCGGCCUGAAGUUCGUACCCCACGUACCCAUCACUGUCCCCGAGGAACACUUGGAAGUAGUUGGUAAACUUUGCGACGAGCUUGAGGGACACUCCGACAUCGUCGCGGUUCACACCAACAUAGCGUAGCCAUUAUAAUGAAAUAUGAAUCUUAAGUAUGAUGCAAUCUAGGAAAACUGGUUUGCAAGGAAGUCGUGUACAUAAAGCUACUACUCAUUUUAUUAA